UGCCCAGCUUUGGAAAUCCCCUUCGGGAAAUCCUGAGGAACUCUGAAACGGAGUCGAUGAGGACCCUGGGCAACAUGAUGGAAUUGGGGUAUGAAAUCGAAGAAGGCCUCAGACUUACACUGGAGAAAAAAUACCCCCACUUCGGCUCGCUGCGUUUCCUUCAGUACGAUGUUGCAUAUCGUUACACGGAGGCUGACGGGACGUCACCGCUGUAUGUGGGCAGGGAAACGAUCAUGCCCAUCUACAACGCUUGGCCCAUACCCCACGAUGCCCCUUAUAAAAAUGAUUUAGAUUUUGUCAUAUUGGCUUUGAUUGAGGGAGGCAUCUAUGACAAGUGGAUGGAAGACUGGCUGGAAGAGGCUAAGAGAGUUGGUCGACAGAGCCGCAGGAGGCAAAAGCUGGAAGCAGGCGCUCGCCUGGAAAGCUGGACGGGCGACUUCCCUACAGAAGCCGCAAAUACUAUGGAGCUGAGGGCUCUCAACAUCGUCCAUUUCCAGGGGCCCCUGAUGCUCUUGGCCCUAGGCAUGGUUUUAGGGGGUGUGGCCUUCUUCGUUGAGAGCUUCAGCAUUUGGUAUUCGUCUGCCAAGGACUUAAGGGUUAGGCUGAGAGGACAAGAUAUGGAGAAAUGAUCUUAGGGCUACUUGAAAUGCAACGCUGUUUAUUAGCCCAUGUCUAGUCUAUAUUUUGGCUUGUGAAUGAAUUAUCACAGGAAAUACUGCUGUAAAAUGUGUCACUUACUCAUUAACCUACUAGGCAUUCAAAUAUUCAAUAUUUCAUGAAUGGUUAACCAAUUUUAAUCGUUAAUUACCUUCUGUAGAAUAGUACUAAUAAUGGCCCAUAAUAUUUCGUAAUCUGAAACCUUGAUGUUACGUUGCAU